CACCGGUGCCUCACUCUGCACCAAGUGGGAGUCGAACCUGCAUCUCUCAAGAGAAAUGCAAGCUCUCCAGCACUUGAUCUAGAGAUCAUUGGCUGUGUGAAUGUAUAUUUUAGCUUUAUUGUGUGUUUGUGGUUUUGGGUUUCAAAAAUCUUGAAUUUUGUUGUCUUUACUCUUGAUAAAAUCAAUGUGGUGUUGUGUGCAUAAUGAUUUUAGCUCAGUUGGGGAUUUUGUGUUUUGUAUAUGGGAUUCUUAAAAUCUUGGAUUUUGAUCCGUGGACUGGGCGUAGAGGGUCGUGCACAACAAUUUCUAGACGUCGAGAUACCAAAGUUUUGUUUUUGAUAGGAUCGAAUUUGCUAUUCAAUCAGGGGUUGCGGCGCAGCUUGUUGCCACUUUACCUGCCAUUCUAUUGACCGAAGACUCGUGGUCAAACUUCCGGUCAAACUGUUUCGCAACGAUGCUGCUCGGAUAUCUUCUGCUUAUGCUUGGAAGUUUGUCCUUCACAUUAGGUGCAUUUGUCGGAGUAAACAUCGGCACUGAUCUUUCAAACCUACCGUCACCCGAACAAGUGGUGGCAAUCCUUAGAUCCCAUCGAAUAACACACGUACGUCUUUACGACGCUGAUAAUCACCUCCUUAGCGCACUUUCUGACGCUGGAAUUGAAGUUAUGGUCAGCGUAACAAACGAAGACGUUUUAAGAAUCGGACAAUCAUCGGCUGCAGCCGCAUAUUGGGUCAAGAAAAACGUCGCAGCGUUUGUACCCGCCACUAACAUCACCGCCAUAGCUGUUGGUAGCGAAGUUCUUUCAACAAUCCCGCACGCUGCACGCAUUUUGGUUCCCGCAAUGAGAAAUCUCCACAAAGCGUUAGUUUCGUCGAACCUUAAUUAUCCGAUCAAAGUGUCGACCCCUAUAUCAAUGGACAUAAUCCCGAAACCAUUCCCGCCAUCAGCCGCCACUUUCAACGCAUCAUGGAACUCGACGAUUUCCGGAAUUCUCGACUUUUUAAAAAGUACAAAUUCCUUUUUUAUGCUGAAUGCUUAUCCUUACUACGGUUAUCUACAAAGCAACGGUAUUUUCCCUAUCGAAUACGCUCUUUUUCAACCGCUGACACCGGUCAAACAAAUAGUUGACCCGAACACCCUCUUCCAUUACGACAGCAUGUUUGACGCCAUGGUGGAUGCUGCUUAUAACUCCAUGUCAGCUUAUAACAACUUGGUAAUCCCGAUCGUUGUGACCGAAACCGGUUGGCCAUGGGCCGGUGGUGCGAACGAACGUGACGCCACAGUGGAAAACGCCCAAACGUUUAGCAACAAUUUGAUUAAACGUGUCUUAAACGAUUCAGGCCCGCCUAGUCAGCCGACAAUCCCUAUAAACACUUACAUAUACGAGUUGUUUAACGAAGACAAUAAGCCCGGCCCGUUAUCUGAAAAAAGCUACGGUGUGUAUUUUAGCAACGGGAGUUCGGUUUACACUUUUGGGACGGAUACAUUGGGCCAGACUACGGUGAACAACGCUUCAGGCGGGUUUUGUGUUGCAAGAAAAGGGGCUGACACAUCUAGCUUGCAAGAUGGGCUGAACUGGGCUUGUGGGCCGGGCCAGGCGAACUGCAGCGCUAUUCAAUCGGGCCAAGCGUGUUAUAUGCCUGAUACUAUAGAAAACCAUGCUUCUUAUGCUUUUAAUGACUAUUAUCAAAGAAUGCGUAGCGUGGGUGGAACCUGCGACUUCAGUGGUACAGCCGUAACAACCAUGGUUGACCCGAGUUACGGGUCAUGCCUAUUUACAGGAAGCACAAAUUCAAGCAUUGGCGGAACGGCUAUGCCUGCAAUGGGACCCGACGGGCCACCUGGAAACGGAUCACCUGGUCUUGUUCCUGAUAUCAUGUUUUUGUUUCUAGUGACCGUUGUGUUGUCGUUCGUGUAGAUUUUCAAGGUUAUGUAUAGCUGAUAUUUGUGCUCUUAGCGUUUUUAAUGCGUGAGCGUUGGGAAUAUCGCGAUAUUAGAUUUAGAUAGGAAUUUUGGAUUAAACUGGUAAUGGUUUGGUUGUGACUGCCAAACCUUGGGUUAUUUUUGUUGUUGGUAUGCAAUUUGUAAGUUUUUUGAGGCA